GCUGUUAACAUGAGACAAUUUGUGGUGCUACUUACACUGGCCGUGGUCUCGGCUAGUGCCAAUAUCAUUGCCUGGCCGGGAUUCCCGGAGGGCCGCAUCAUCAACGGCCAUGAGGCCAACUCUGGCGAGGCGCCCUUCAUUGUGUCGCUGCAGUCGACCAGCAACUCGCACUACUGUGCCGGCUCCCUGGUCAGCGAUCGCGUUGUGCUGACCGCCGCCCACUGCAUGACCUAUACCACAUUCCAGGUGGUCGCUGGCGCCCACAGUCGCACGGACAAGUCGGCGACUCAGGUGCGCAAGGGCAGCAGCGCUCGCCAGACGGUGCACGAGAAAUACGGCGGCGGCGUUGGCCCCUAUGAUUUGGGUCUGAUCUUCCUGGAGGAGCCCUUCGAUCUGACUGUGCUGGCACGCGAUGGCAGCGCACCCGUCUCGACCAUCUCGCUGGCCACCAACCAGUUCACGGCCAACACCGAUGGCGUGCUCUUCGGCUGGGGACGCGACAACUCUGGCUCGUUGCCCGACAAGCUGCAGAAACUGGACGUGGACAUCAUCGGCUAUGCCGAUUGCCUGGAUGCGCUGCCACGCGGCAACAGCCUGGCCGACAGCAACAUUUGCAGCUACACCGCCGGCACCACCGAUGGCGCCUGCAACGGCGACAGCGGCGGUCCUUUGGUUAACAAGAAGGCCGACGGCAGCUACCAGCUGGUGGGCAUUGUCUCCUGGGGCUACACGCCCUGCGCCAGCACCAAAUACCCCUCUGUCUACACCUACACGGGCGCCUACUCCGACUGGAUCAAGGAGCACAGCAAUGACUACUAAGGCUAGCCAAUGAAAGAAUAAAUGAAUUGAACUUUCGCACUA